AUGGCGAUAGAAUACACGGGGCGGCUAACAGGAAAAACAACGGUGAUGAUGCUGGUACAGUCAGAAGGUCUCCUGGCUGGUGUGGGCUCCAGCAGCCUGGCGGUGACAGCCUUGGCCCUCCUCCUGGUGCUGUCUGUCCUGGGAAACUCCUGCGGAGCUCCACAGAGACUCUUUGAGAGGAGGAACUGGACUCCCCAGGCUAUGCUCUACCUGAAAGGAGCACAGGGCCGCCGCUUCAUCUCGGACCAGAGCCGCAGGAAGGAGCUCGCAGACCGGCCGCCUCCAGAAAGACGAAACCCAAAUCUUCAACUACUGACUCUCCCAGAGGCUGUAGCCCUGCUGCUGGCUUCGCUGCAGAAACCACAAGAAGAUGAAGGAGGGAAUUUCGAUCAAAGUGAAUUCCUCGAAGACAGACUGCUGAACUGGUGAAAACGCACCAGGGCACAUUCAAGUGUACUUCUGUUCAUGUGAAAACCAUAACCCACGAUUAGGACCUGUGCACCCUUCCUUCCACACCUGUAACCUUAGACCCUGCCCCUCUAGGAUUAGUCUUCCAGAAGCAAAAUACACAUGGAAUUCUUAACUGGAGUGCCACCAAG